GUGUGGCGCGCGUCCUGUAGGUGGGCUGUGAGCAUUUAUGCAAGAUUACCCAACAAGAAACAGCAGUGUAGGGGAACGUAGAGAGAGAGAGCGAGAGAGCGAGAGAGAGAGAGAGAGAGAGAGAGAGAGAGAGAGAGAGAGAGAGCACAUGUACUCUUAGGGCAUAUAACUAGCAGUUGCAAGCAGCAGAACUUUAAUAUUCAGACAGGCAACUUUACGCAAGUUAAAAUAACUUGUCUGCGUCUCGCACUCACCUCUGUUCCAAUUGCCUGCUGGGAUUACGCGUCACGUGAGACCACCGAAAAGUUUUUUUUUUUCUGAAAAGCACCUGUUGAAGAGUCCAGCGAAAUGCAGCAAAGGUAACUUCAUUCACCUGCUGCAGCAUGCAGUCAUCCGCAUCAGCUGGGAAGCGCUACUCCAACAGCUGUGUAGGAACACAUUACCACAGUCACAGUUUCUCAUGCAGAGAGCUCCCUGCCGCCAGGCCCUGUCCUGAAUGUGUUCGGCCGCCGAGUGUGUGCUGCCUCAGCUGCUGAGCUGUGAGGGACUGGCCAGUCCUGGAAGAACCCAUGGCAGGGUCCCAGCACCCCCAAGUGCCCCUGGAUCCUGGGUACAUCGAACGCCCCAAGCCACCGACAUGGAGUUAACCUGGCAGGAGCUGAUGGCCAUCACCGAACUCCAGGAGUUGGAGGUGCCCAAUGAAGGCCAGUUCGAGUCGACCGUGUACCCCCCCUGUGAGCCGAUGGUGGCCUUCGAUGGGUAUGGGGUGGGCCAGCCCGCGCCGCAGCCCCUCCCCCUCGGCUGUGGCGGGAACCCCGGCGGCGGGUUCGCGGGGCAGUACUCCGGGGUGAUGUCGUCGGACGCCCAGUACGGCACGCACAGGCCCCAACCCCCCUGCCGGCCGUUCCACCUCGCCCACCACCCUCUCCAGCCCGGUCUGCCCAACAUGACCACGCUGGACCACGUCCAGGGCAUGGCGGGGGCCCGAAACGGGCCCCUGACAGACGUUUUGGGCGGCCCCCAGGGCCAGGGCCACCCGCACCCGGGGUUCGGCCCCGGGCCCUACAAGCAGCCGGUCGCCCCCGACGACCUGGAGUCGGACUCGGGCCUGUCGCUGGGCUCCAGCCCGCCCCUGGCCUCCCCCGGCAACGCGGCCAAUCCGGGCGCCGCCGCCGCCGUCUACGCCUGCACCGACGCGGGCGCCCUGGGGUACGGCAGCAGGAACCCCGCCGAGGCGGAGGGCGGGGCCAGCCUGUGUGGGGCGAGGGGGAGACCCGAGCGUUUUUACCCCGGGGACCCCCACCACGCGAUGACCCGAUACCCUUACCCUGCACCCCACUCCGCUUACUACCCCCCGCCCCCCGGCCUGCCCCCCGCGCCCCCGCAGCUGCAGCAGCCUGCCCCGCCCAAACACCCGCAGGCCUUUCCCCCACCCCCGCACGACUCGCACCUCAAAGGGCCCGGCCCGUCCGGGGGCCGGGGGGCCCCCUUCUGCGGCCCGUACGGGAGGCCCAGGGGCGCGUCGGACGCCCCCCUCAGCCGGGACGAGCGGCGGGCGGCGGCCCUGAAGAUCCCCUUCCCGCUGGAGAGGAUCGUCAACCUCCCCGUGGACGACUUCAACGAGCUCCUGAGCAAGUUCCCGCUGAGCGACGCCCAGCUGGCCCUGGUGCGCGACAUCCGCCGGCGCGGGAAGAACAAGGUGGCGGCGCAGAACUGCCGCAAGCGCAAGCUGGAGAACAUCGCCCUCCUGGAGGCGGAGCUGGGGCAGCUGCGGGCGCGGCGCGAGCAGCUGGCGCGCCAGCGGGGCGAGUUCCAGCGCGGCCUCACCCUGGCCCGCCGCCGCCUGGCCGACCUGCACGCCGAGGUCUUCUCCAAGCUGCGCGACGAGCGCGGGCAGCCCUACUCGCCGCGCGACUACGCCCUGCAGCAGGCCGCCGGCGGCGGCGGCGGCUACUUCCUGGUGCCCCGGGACGCGGGCGACGGGGAGGCGGAGCCGAAGGCGCAGAGCCUCCCCGCGCACUGACGCUCUAGGGCUGGUUCCGGCCCAGGCUCCGCCCACUCCCAGCUGUCUGGGGAGGGGGCGGGGAGGGGGCGGGGUCUCAGAGCCCCUCACAGCUGCAUCGCCGGCUCCUUCCAGUCCAGACUCUGAGAGCACGAGCGCACUCUUGCAGCCGCUCUCCAGGACCCCGCCCGUGGACAGCCUUAAAUCAGAGCUGCAGCGACACAGCGCGUGCAUUUGGUGGCAGUUGCGUCUCUCCCUGUUCGCUAAAUACGUCUGGUGAGCCUGGUGCUGGCAGAUUCCCAUCUGUGCUGGUUUUCAUUUGCCCCCUGCCAGGUUGGAGAGAACUUUUAACUGAUCCACAGUCCACUGCUGAUUCUCUCCACUGCUGAACACGUGCGGUUUUACUCCAGGGUAUUACUCCAGGUUAAACUGAGAAUAAGGGGGUAAGGGGGAACCCCCGAGCUGGAUUUUUGUCCUUUCUAUUUAAAUUUGUAAAAACCGCCAGUCAUGUUAAAGCAAAGGUAAAUUGCUCAGCCGAUAGAAGGCUCUGAAACACUGUUUUUCCUCUGCCCUGCUUGGGUUUUACCCCAGGUGUGAAAGCUAGCACAAAGUCAUUUCGUCAAAUUUGCUCCUGGGGUAAACUCACUGCAGCCAGGUCUAUAAAGCUUGUUCAGCUGUUCCGUUACUUUUCCAUGACCCUCCAUGAACAAGCUCUCUUAAUACUGAACAGGCUGUGUGUAUUACCAGUUUUGUAAAAGGGGCUCAAAAGUAUAGAAAUACAUUCAACUUGUUAACGAGGUUAAUAUAACAAUUUUAAUGGAACUUUUUUUUUUUUUUAAAACUAAAGGUUGAUUGGCUACUUGUUAAGCGAUGUGAAAUGUUCAUUUGCAUUGAACUCAAAAGGAGCUUGACUGAGACACAAGCUCAAAGGAGAACCAACGCGUACAGAUUCCGUGCCAGCGCCGGGGGAUUGAAACUUACGAGUGGCUUCGGGCCGCCGGCCUCCAGUCCUGGAGGACCGCAGCACCUGCUGGAAGCUUCAGCUCUUAAGUGAUCUGCUUCAGCCCAACACGCCUUGUUUUCAUGGGCUUAAACGCAGCCAAAAACUAGGACUACAACCGGAAAGCACCGACAGCCUUAAAAAAAGGAAACGUUAUUUCCAAUAUGCAAGGAAACUGGACUCCACCAUCUGAAUGUGAUCCGUUUGUCUUGGCUUUCCUGCCAAGAACCUAUUUACCUCCAAAUAGGUGUUACAGCUGUUUAAGCCAGUGAUCUCAAACUCAGUGCCAUGGAGGGCCGUGUGUAUGCUGGUUUUUAUUCCAGCCUCAGAUUCUUGAUUAUAUAAUUAGUUCAAUUAUUUGCUGAAUUGGGGAUGCAGGUUUGCACAUAAUGGUGACCCGACGUCUAUGGUGACCCGCAUUGUCUAAAUAAAAACUUGCUUACAUUCUGUGCUUCGACGCAGUUAAACGCAUAUGGCCGAAUGAGCAAUUGGACUGAAUUAAGGCAGCAUUAAUCGGUUGGAAUGAAAACCUGCGUACACACGGCUCUCCAUGGCAACGAGUUUGAGACCGCUGGUUUAAGCUCUGGUGUUCAGCGUUGGGUUCCACUUUGACGCACUGAACAGAGGUGCGCAACAACAGACGCCCUUCAGCAGUUCUCUCCUUCGUUUCAUCGUUGACUGGAUCGGACGUGAAGAAGCACCGAGCUAGAAAUGAAGACGGCUCACGCAGGCCUGGAGAAUGUGUUUCGCUACGAUCAGAUUCAGGAGUGAACCAGUGCUGGCGUAAGACUGACCUUUCAGACCGUGAAGCCUGGAUCUGUGUACCUCUGCAGUAAGCCCACCCAGAAGUAUUAAAGCAGGGGUGGAAGGUCUUAGCUUGAAGCUUCCCAGCAUAGUAUUGCUAACAGUCUGUAAAUACUGGCAAUGCUUAAUGUUAAAUGAAUGGCUGUUUUUUUUGUUAGAGGACAAGCUUGAAUUCAGGAUUUUUUAUUUUUUACUGAAGGUGAAAAGGCCUUGUGCAUUGACUUCAACGUGCUCCUCCAUUUGAUGAUCGACGGAUCAAAUGCCUCUCGAUAACUGUAGCACCAAAUACAAUUCUGAGCAUAUGUUCAAGGAUGAGACAUUUGUUUAAAAAUAUUUUU